UUGCUUAACUGAGAUAGUGACGUCUUAUCAUCCAAUAACUCAGAGUUUGUGGUUUCACAACAUAAUCAAUCUCCCGUUAUCGGUCCCACUUUCCAAUAUCUCGAUCUUUUAAUAUUUUAUUAUUAAACAAUCCUCAAGUGCCUUAAACAAAAGAUGGAUAAUUUUUGCAAGUUCCGUGUAAUAUAUUCCGAAAAACAGCGGGAAGCCAUUGAGACGGAAUUUGUGCGUCUUUCAGGUCAAUACUAUUUAGAGCAUGCCGGAGCUACUUUAUAUUCAGAGAAACAACUCGAGGAAAUUGCCCACCAAUUAUGUACCAACUUGUACGCAAACCCACACGCGAAAAACCUCUCCAGUAAACUAACAGAAGACGCUAUUGAUAUCGUGCGUUAUCAGCUUUUAGCCCACUUUAAAACCACCCCUGACGAAUACUCCGUCGUCUUCACAUCAGGCGCCACCGCUUCUCUGAAACUUGUUGCGGAAAAUUUCAAAUACGGACCUGACGGUAGCCUCGUCUACCUCCAAGACAACCACACGUCCGUCCUCGGCAUGCGCGCCUACGCCCCCCACACCAAGUGCAUUAAAUUCACAGAGACUUUAUCACAAUGCAAGACCGCAAAAUCGGGGAAUUCCCUGUUUGUCUUUCCCGCGCAGAGCAACUUCUCGGGGGUGAAGUACCCGCUUUCGUGGAUCAAGGCUGUUAAGAAGGGGGCCCUGGGGCCGGGGGAGUGGUACGUGGUGUUGGACGCCGCCGCUUUUGCCCCCACAGAGGUUAUGGAUUUGUCCGAAAUUAAGCCGGACUUUGUGGCGAUCUCGUUUUGCAAAAUUUUCGGGUAUCCGACCGGGCUGGGGGCGCUUUUGGUGCGAAAUGAGAGUUGUGGGGUCUUGAGGAAGAGGUAUUACGGCGGAGGGACGGUUUUUAUGGCGCAGGCGGUAAGGGAUGAGGUUGUGAUGAGGGAUGUGAUACAUGAAAGGUUUGAGGACGGUACUGUUCCAUUUCUCUCAAUUUUGGCUCUUAAGGCGGGCUUUAACACCCUCAAGCGACUGGAUUUGUCCUUCGAAACCAUCUCAAGACACACUUUUUCGUUGGCACAGUACGUCUACAGGAACUUGCUUUGUUUGCACCACUCAAACGGCAAACCUGCUGUUGUUUUGUACCACAACACCACGUUUGAAAACCCGCAAGAUCAAGGCCCCAUUGUUAAUUUUAAUAUUUUGCGCGAUAACGGCGAAUAUGUCGGUUAUGCCGAAGUGUCGCAUUUUGCAAAUUUGUAUAACAUUCAUUUGAGAACUGGGUGUUUUUGUAAUCCCGGUGCUUGUCAGUACUUUCUCAAUUUGAGUCCUGAAGAUGUGAAAAAACACUAUGAGGCAGGUCACGUGUGUGGGGACCAGCACGAUUUGGUGGAUGGGUACCCCACAGGUUCCGUCCGCGUUUCAUUUGGGUACAUGUCCCGGAAAAUUGACGCUGAUAAAUUAUUGGAAAUGGUCGAAAAUUGCUUCGUUACCAAGCCAGUGAUUAAAAAAAUCCCGCACAAGGGACGUAACGAUUAUUUAAUCCCAACCGACAGUGACUAUAAACUGGAGGAAGAACUGGACAAUAACAAUUCGGAGGGUGUUUUGAAACAGAUCAUUUUAUACCCGAUUAAAUCCUGUGGGGGUUUUUCAGUGCCACAAUGGCCACUUACCUCCACAGGUUUGAAAUUUGACCGGCAAUGGAUGAUAAUCAACUCAUCCGGCGUUGCAAUUACGCAAAAAAACAACAAAAAAAUGUGUCUCAUUCGUCCGAUCAUCGAUCUGGAAACCGAAAUGUUGUUCCUAACGUAUCCAGGUCGUAAGAGCUUCCACGUUCCGAUAAAUGUCUCUUCGUAUUCGCAAAAUGUCGCGUCUCUCUGUCAGAGUAAAGUUUGCGGGGAUAAAAUCGAAGGGUGGGAUUGCGGGGAUGAAGUUUCUGAUUGGUUAAGUGAAGUUUUGGAAUGUCCGGGAGUCCGUUUGUUGAAACAGUGCGACGAAAACGAGAAAAUCUUCACGAGGAAGAGCACGAAAAAUGACGAAAUUCAGCUGUCGCUGGUCAAUAAAGCUCAAUUUUUGUUAAUAAACGAGGCCAGUGUAGAGUGGUUGAGGGGGCAAAUCCGUGAGGAGGAGUUUUUUGAGGAGUUGGGGACGACGAUUCAGAGAUUCCGAGCGAAUUUUGUUGUCAGGUUUAAUAAGGAAUUUACGGAAAAUGAGUUCGGCGAGUUUAUUUUUGACGACAUUGCGUUUGAGGCCGGGGGAGUGUGUACAAGGUGCCAAAUGAUUUGCAUUGAUCAAACUACCGGAACCACUUCAAAAGAGCCUUUACUAACGCUGUCUAAAUGUUUCAAAGGGAAAAUCACGUUUGGCGUUUAUUUAAAUCGGACCAAAUAUGAUUUCGAGCGAUGUCUUUACGUCGGAUCCAAAGUCAAUGGAACAAAACUGAAAUAAAUUUUUAUAUUUUUA